AUGAGUGAGACGUUCAGUAGUCUAGAAGAGCCUACGAGUGUACCAGAAGAAGAAAAUGGAGAAGCUUCUAUCGAAUGGUGUAUAAAAAACGGAUACAAGAUACCCAAAUGGCUUUUAAAUUGUAAUAUAAAGUGUCCCUUUGUAAAGGGAAAAAUAUUUCAGGGUGUACAUGGACCCAUUAAUUACUCGGUAGCAGGAAAUCCAAAUGGUUCACUGGUUUUAACUUUUCACGGAUAUAAUGCUAGUCAUACUACCUUUGCAACGUAUCAAAAUGUACUCUCAAAGAAUGGCUUCUUGGUUGUUGCCUUUGAUCUAUAUGGCCAUGGGCUGAGUGGAUAUCCGCGAUACAAAAUAUUUGGUGAUACAUUUACUCCAAAAUACUAUGUAGACCAAGCAGAUGAAUUGAUAAAUCACCUUGGCUACAAAGAUAGGAAGCUUUCUAUAAUUGGUCUUUCAAUGGGAGCGUGCUUAGCGGCUGCAUAUUGUGAACGAUAUCCAAAAAAUGUCGAAAGAUUAAUACUGAUUUCACCCGCUGGUCUAAUUCCAAAAAAACCAGUAAGAGUUCGACUCCUAAAGUAUAUUCAAUGCUGCAUACCAUGCGCAUCCUGUUGCGUUUGUAGGUGUUGUUUUUCUAGAUAUACCCACGUGCCAAAGCGUAAACAGGAACAAAUCGUUUCAGACGAUGAGGAUGAUGAAUAUCACGACACAGUUUCUGUAGAUUUGUCUGCUAUCGAUGUAACCAAUACUGAUUCAUCUGGAAUUGAAAAUUCUGAAAAGUAUGCGACUCUAAGUCCAACAAUGAAUAGAAUGCUGUGGAGUCUAUUUGUAACAAGGAGAGCUUUAUCCAAUAUUUUGGGUAUAGUAAACCGAAUGCCUCUAUGGACAAGUCAUGAUUUAUACACACGUGUCGGCGAACUGAACAAGCAGACACUUAUACUCUUUGGAGAAAACGAUACACUUACUCCUCCACAAAGUGCUGAGAUACUAUCAAAAUUAUUCAAGAAUUCACACACAAUUGUAUUCCCGAAUUCGGAUCACUUGUUAUCAUUCAAAAGGCCAAUAGAAGUUGUAAGUACAUGUCUUGCCUUUUUAGGCAUCCCGAGCAAUGAAAGAAUUGCAAAUUACACAAGAUGGUUGCCGUUUGAUUCGGCAGGUAACUAUAUACCAAAGUCUGACAGGGAGAUUAACUAUGAUUUUGAAGAUGACAAUGGCCAAGACGAGCAGCAUCUUGGAUCUUCCGGGGGUACAAUGGAAGAAACUGAUGUACCAAAUCCACCACUUUCUGCGCUUAGCACCUUCAGAUUCUUUAAUACCAGAAUGUCCCCGUUCCCAAACGUGGGCAACCUUUUAAUUGGGGAAGAACUUACCAAGCAGAAGGUGCCACUUGUCGUGGUUACACAACUUGAGAAUCUGUGA